AUAGUCAAAGAGGAGCUAAAGAGCCUAAUAGGGAGGAAGCCAGAGAGUAAAAGAAGCAAAGUAUGGGGUUAAAGUAAGAAACAGAAGAGAAAGAGGAAGAGGAGUUCAUCCUGGUAUGACUGUGAACUAGAAUAUCACAACUGACGGGGGAGGAGAACAAGAAAGAAACUUUCUCGAUAAUGGCGAGCCUUCCCAAAGAACCGCCUGAGGAUCCCAAGAAACAGAGUUUCUGGAUGCCAGGGAAUUAUGUGCGUACAGUGCACAGAACUGAGCAGUCCUUCCAGGCAUGCAACGACAUCGUGGCGUGCUUCGUAGAGAGAGCAAAGUUAGAGAAACAGUAUGCCCAGCAGCUCAACCAGUGGAGCAGCAAGUGGAAAUCCAUAGUGGAUUCUCGGCCACUUUAUGGCUCCCUCAUGAGGGCGUGGCAGUGUUUUUUCACCUCCACUGAGCGUUUGUCCACCCUCCAUUCCUCCAUCUCCCAGUCACUCAUUACAGAGGAAGGGGACCGGAUAAAGACCUGGCAGAAGGAAACAUUUCCCAAGAAAAUCUUCUGUGGGUUCAGGGAGAGUCAUGACAACAACACAAGUUUUUCACGUGCACAGAAACCCUGGUCCAAAAAGAUGAAGAAGCUGGAGAAGGUCCGAGUCGCAUAUCACAAGGCCUGUCAGAGGGAGCAAACGGUGCUCGACAAAGAGAAACAAGCAAACGAAGACUCGGAGAUGAGUCCAGAGAAAAAGCAGAAAAUCACAGAUGCCAGAGAGAAGGCCACAGAGGAGAAAGAAAAGUACAAAGAGCACUAUGAGAAAAUGCUGGAGGAUGUGACGUCCUACACACCUCGUUACAUGGAAGAGAUGGAAGCCAUUUUUGAACAGUCACAGGAAGAGGAGAGAAAGAGGAUCAGCUUCCUAAAGCAGGCCUUCCUCUCCAUCCACAGACAUCUUGACAUCACCAACAAUGAGAGUGUGAAGGCAGUGUACAGCGAUCUCCACCACACUCUGAUGUCCAUCAGUGAACAAGAUGAUCUCAAAUGGUGGAAGAAUAACCUCGGUCCUGGCAUGCCCACCGACUGGCCAAAGAUUGAGGAAUGGGUCCCACCAGUAAAAAAGCUAAACAGAAAGAAGAGAGAACAGAAAAGAAAAGAGAGCCGACCUGUGAUGAUUGGGGGUGUGAAGGUGCGAGCUCUGUAUGACUACGUGGGAGAGGAGGGUGAUGAGCUGUCCUUUAAAGCAGGUGAAGUGUUCCUGAAGGUUGAGGAAGAGGACGACCAGGGUUGGUGUCGAGGAGUCCUGAGCGGAGGGAAGGAGGGCUUCUACCCAGCAAAUUAUGUUGAGGUUGUCGAGUGACCUCAUUACCUAAACUUAUUUCUUACAAAAAGUUAGUAAUCAAAUAUUCAGAAAAUAGCAAUUGUUAUUAUAUGUUGUCACACCGAUUCUUGAGUCAGAUAAAAUUUUGGCUUUUCCCAGACAUUUUUGAAAUGUAAAAUUUGUCAAAGCCUUAAUACUCUAACCUACUUGAGUAUAUCUGCAAUAUGAAUUAACUUAUGAAAGACUAGAAUGUCCUGUUUGUGCAGGAGAUGUAUGUGUGUGUGAGUGAUUAUGUAUGUUUGCAUGCAUGUGUGCACAUUAAGAGAAAACAAGAGGAGGAUAUUUAUUUACAGCCAUCAUUCUGUCUGAGUUAUUAGGUUCCUUUAAUGAAGAUAAGGCAAUAAAUGAGGUUUACCCAGGCACAGGUUUACAGCGUGUGCACACAUGGUUAAUGUUUACUUUAUAAGUCAUGUAGAAGCACACAGAAUUUUGUUGGAGCGAAGGAAAGGAUUUUCAAAAUAAAAGUGCAGUUGUUUUGUCUCUGA